CUACUUCAGAGAGCCAGCCACGCUCAGUUCAGUACAGAGAGCCCUGGCAGUCCAGUCAAGUCCGAUUCAGCAGCCCAGCAUGUUGCAGCAGAGGGACUAUGACUGCAUCGUUAUCGGAGCCGGAGUCCAAGGCUGCUUCACAGCCUACCAGCUAGCCAAAAACAACCAGAGAACACUUCUGCUGGAACAGUUCCUGUUGCCUCACUCUCGCGGCAGCUCCCAUGGCCAGACACGGAUCAUCAGGAAGGCGUACGAGCAGGACUUCUACACCCACAUGAUGGAGGAGUGCUACCAGCUGUGGGCGCAGCUGGAGAGGGAAACCAACACCACGCUCUUCAGGCGCACGGGGAUCCUGGUUAAGGGUCCAGAGGAUGAGAGGGACUUCCAGCUCUUCAGAGACACGCUGCAGAGGAACCGCGUUCCCACGGAAACGUUGACGCCAGAUGAGUUCGCCCGGCGGUUGCCCCACAUGGUGCUCCAGACUGGCGAGGGGGCUCUCAUUGACACCACAGCCGGAGUGCUGUACGCCGACAGAGCUCUCCGGGCAGCUCAGAGCUACUUCCAGUCUCUGGGCGGGGUGAUAAAAGAUGGAGAGAAGGUGUUAAACAUUCAACCUGGCUACACGGUAACCGUGACGACCGCAUCAGGGGAGUACCGAGCAAAGAGUCUCAUCAUCACGGCUGGGCCCUGGGCCAACACACUGCUGUCGCACAUGGGCCUGCAGCUCCCACUAACGGUGGUGAAGAUUAAUGUGUGCUACUGGCGGGAGAAGGUUCCGGGCACAUAUGGCGCAGAUGCCCACUGCCCCUGCUUCCUCCAGACCGCCUCGGAGGGCGCCGAGUACCACAUCUACGGCCUGCCCUCCAAUGAGUACCCAGGGCUGGUCAAGAUUUGCUACCACAUGGGUAGUGAGACGGAACCUGACAGGCGGGACAGACAGACUGACCAGACAGAUGUCCGGAUCCUCUCUCGCUUCGUAUCGAUCUACUUGCCGGGCCUGGAGCCAGAACCGGCGGUGGUGGAGACCUGCAUGUACACGGUGACACCAGACCAUCACUUUGUUCUGGACCGGCACCCCGCGCACAAGAACAUCAUCAUCGGAGCAGGCUUCUCAGGUCACGGGUUUAAGUUUGGCCCAGUGGUGGGGAAGAUCCUGUGUGAACUCAGCCUGGGGAAAGUGCCCUCGUACGACCUCUCACCUUUCAGAAUCCAGCGCUUCCAGACCCACAUGAAGUCUUCUCUAUAAGCGCACACACACACACACACACACACAAACACAAACACACAUGAUGUAACUGGAGAAUAUCACAACAGAUUCAGGCAGUGGCAAUAAAAUCAUUACGAAAAAAGAAGAAAAAACAAGCUCUUCCUGUAACGUGUUGCUACACUCUUCUAA